AUCACAUUGGAGCUCGUCGGUGCCAUCACCUGUGUCCACAGCAAGGCCUGCGUGCAUCGCGUUCUAAAGCUCGAGGACAUCCUGCUGGACAAGCACGGCGACGUCAAGCCGUGCGACCUUGGCCUCACGCGCGAGUACGAGGGCAAGAGCAACUACCUGCAGACAUGGUGCGGCACUGCGUGCGACUGCGCCCUGGAGAUGCUCAAGGGCGAGAAGUACGCUGGCGAGAAGGUCGACGUGUGGAGCCUGGACAUUAUUCUAUAUGCCCUGCUGGUCGGCGAG